AUGCCCGAACCGAGCGAGGACGCAAUCGAAUUGGACGACGAGGGGAAACCGCUAGCUGGAGUGAAAGCAAAACAAGCGGCUGUCGAAUAUUUGAAGAGUGUUCUUGAACAGAAUGAUGAUCAACCGAUUCCCCUUGACGCUUUCUAUCAGCAUUUUUGCGGUCGUUUCUCGCAUUCUGUUCGACAAGAUGUGGCGACAAAUCCAAAAGAACUACUCCAAUUUUUGAAGCUUAACCGUGGUCUUUUCUUCAUUCGGAGUAACAAGGUCUCACUGGUGAAAAAUCGUCUAUCCGAGGAUGGAUCAGAAAAUGGAUCGGAUGAGGGAGAUCCAGAGACAAACAAUAAUCUCUUCCCAUUGGAUCAAACAGCUCUCUCACGAAUCCAUUAUGUGAAAGCAUUGAAACCAGCACAGGAAUUGAUCGAAAGACUCUGGAAUGAGGUGAACACAAUGGAGAGGAAAGUGGUCGGAGUCGAUCUGAAGACGGUCACUGUCGGAGCUGAAGGGGAACAAUUCCUCUCGUUGGCCAUCAUUGCGACCACUAAUCAAAUAGGCGUACUUGAUUUGGCUUCGUCUGAUGUGAUUCUACUGGAAAGUGGAAUUAAGCAGCUUCUCGAAUCGGAUCGAGUAGUCAAGGUAAUGCACGACGCUCGUCGUGUUUCUUCACUUCUUGCUCACAAAUAUGCUUUAAUGCUCAGAAAUGUCUUUGAUACACAGGUAGCCCAUGCAGUUCUUCAACACGACAAAUUCGGUAAACCCCUUCAUGACACCCGGCCGAUCAGUUUCGUCAAUCUACAACGAGUCUACUAUCCACAAUCGAUUUUGAUGAGCGAUGUGACGCCGAGGAAACUCUCGAUGAGUCCAAAUUGGGGUCUUCGACCGAUCACCGAUGAUUUUUUGCUAACAGCCGUCGAGGAGGCUCACACGUUGAUUUGUGCUCUUCACCAACAACUCUCCAAUUUGAUUCCCGUUCAUUUACGAGGUUUAUUUGAAGACAAAUGUAUAGAAGCGUUGCUGGCCUCACCGACUCGUCCUCCUCCACAAACGUUCAACACCGGAUCGCCAUAUCGAUCUUCGACUCGUCGAGGCGAACGGGCUGUUUACACGGCACCAUCUCCGCAACAAUAUCAGUCAUCACCAUCAACGGGAAAUCAAACCCCGAGAAAAAUGGUCGACGCCGCAUGCCAAACCUUCUCAACUGGUGAGGUGCACGUGUUAAAUGUCUUUUAUGAA